AUGUUUUUGUUUUUAGCUCUUAAAUCAUCUAAACUGGGGGCCAAAAGACUAGGUAAACAAACUUUUGAUGGACCAUCAAACCCAGGUUUUCAGCCUUCGUAUAAUCAAUAUGCUCAACCCAAUUCUGUAAAUACAGAAGCUUCAUUUUCUAAUUAUCCCGGUUCUAAUUUAAACAACCAGUUUGUUGGAUAUAAUGAUAUGCAAAUUCCUGGUUCAUACAAUCCUAAUAUUCAAUAUGGGAUGUCCCAAAUGCAACAGCCCUCUCCUAUGCCUGGUUCUGAAGGCUCUGGUUUUACAGUACCAAGUCAAUAUUUGUCUGAUCCACUUGUUAAUGCUGCAGCUUUAACUUAUGGUCAAUUUGUUGGAUCUGGGAAAAAAUAUGUUGAUAAGGAAAUUGAGAAAUAUGUUCCAGUUUCCAGAUUAAAAUACUAUUUUGCUGUUGAUACAGCUUAUGUGUACAAGAAGUUGAGUUUAAUUAUGUUUCCAUAUGUACACAAGGAUUGGUCUGUAAAAUAUGCAUCAAAUGAGCCUGUUCAACCUCGAUAUGAAGUUAAUGCUCCAGAUUUAUAUAUUCCAACAAUGGCUUACUUAACAUAUGUCUUAGUAGCAGGUUUAGCUUUGGGAACACAGAAUCGAUUUACUCCAGAAGUAUUGGGAAUUCAGGCUUCUUCAGCUUUAGCAUGGACUAUUGUGGAAAUCAUUAUUCAUACAGUGUCAAUAUAUAUAUCAGCUAUUUCAACAUCUUUAACGACACUUGACAUUUUAGCAUUUUCUGGAUAUAAAUAUGUUGGAAUUAUUUUUGCUGUUUUGAGUAGUCUGGUUUUUUAUAAAAUAGGAUAUUAUAUCACUCUUAUAUAUUUUAGUAUAUCUCUUUCAUUUUUUCUUAUUAGAACAUUGAAAAUCAAAAUUUUGCCCUUAAAUAAAUCACUAAUUUCAAACACUAUUGUUAAGUAUCAGAUGAUGUAA